AUGCUUGAAUUUAUAUAUUUAUACUUUUUUAUACUUAUUGUUCAAUUAUCAAACCAUGUAAAUGCAAUUACAUGCAGUGCUAACAAAUGCUUUGAUGUAAAAAUUAGUAGCUGCAACGAUAUUUUACCCAAUUAUACUGGAGUAAACACCCAAGGAAUUUGUGUUAGUGAUAGAGAGGAUUCUAUUAUAUAAUAUUGUGCUAAAAAUUCUAACUUAAUAUGCAUGAAUUCAUCCAAUACUAUGUGCAUUUUACUUAAUUCUAAUCCAAAUGAUGCUUUUAUAGGCAGUUAUAUGGAUAAUAACUAGAAUUUCAUUUGCAUUCAACAAACUGAUAUCUAAUUGAAGUCAAUUAACCCAUCUAGUAUUUAAUUCUUAAAAGAAGGAUAUUAUUAUAAAAAUGACAACUUUAUAUAUUAAGGUUAAUAAGUCUAAAGUAGCUUUUUGUGCAAUUGCUCUGAAAACAGCUAUUGCUAUGAUGGAAAAAAUUGCACUCAAAUGGAUAAAAAUUUAUACGCAGGAAAAAAUAUUGAUGGAUAAUGUGUAGCCCUAUCAGUAUUAGAUAAUGUUGUAAGUUGCUUUGAUGACGAGCUAACAAUUUGCUUAUUUUAGAUCUCUUAAAAUAGUUCAAAAUGCAUAUUUUAUGCUUAAAAUAUAGAUGUGAUAGGAGUGUUUAACUACUAAAAUAUCCUUGAUAAUAAUUAACAAAUAAUUGGAAUUACCUCUAAAUUUAAUUGCUUUCUAUCUAAUUCGACUGUAAACUUAUCUGAUCCAAUCUAAUAAUGCCUUUAAGGAUACUGUAUUUCUUAAAAUAAAUGCAUCCAAAUGAAUAGCUACAAUGUAAUCUCUAAAAGGCAAGACUAAACAUGUGGUGGAAACUCUGAAAAAAAAUUUUUAGAAUGCUACACAUCUAAAAUAUAUAAAACAACCUGCAUAAAUGGAGAUUCAUGUGAAUUAAUACUUUAAAGUAGUAAUUUUGUCGGAGCAUUGACAAAUUUUAACUGCGUAACAACUAAUUAGGAAAUUAUUAUUGAUCAAGGACCUAAGAUUUUGUACUGCUCUUAAUAUUUUUGUAUAAGUGAAUAUAAAGAUAAAAUUGUUGUUGGGCAUGAUUUAUUGGGAAAUAUCUAUUAAACAGUACAAAAAUAGAAAUGUUAGCAGAUAGGUUCGUAAAAAUAAGAUUCUUUAGGAUUUUGUGAAAGCUCAAAUUCUCUUCAAAUUAUUUGCCAAGAUGAUGACUAAUGCUUGUAAUAUAACCCUGCUUAAAAAAAUAAAUAGUGUGUAAAAUUAACAACAGAUUUGACAUAGCCUAACUUCGCAAAAGAAUUAAAUACAUAAAAUUGUUUGCCUUACUAACCUAUCACUGGUAAGGCAUAAAAUAUUGAUAAAUGCCCAAAUGGAUUUUGCGUUUACAUGUAGUCUGAAACUUAAAAGUAUUGUGUAGCUCUUGGCUCUUUUAUAAAUGGAAAUCAAUACAUAGGUGUAGAGCUUUUUUCUUAAAUUUGUUUAUAACAGCUGCAACUUUCAUAUUUAGGAAUUUCAUGGUGUUAUGGAGAUAAUUGUGUCCUUAAAUAUUAAAAUUACUAUGUAUGCCAUCCUUUACAAGAUUCGAGCUAAUACUUCAAAACAAACCAAAGUGUUAAAGCGAAACUAUCAGAUGGUACUUGUGCAGAUCUAAAUAAAACUGUAUCUGUCAACUGUUUAUCUGGAGAUUACUGUAUACUUUAAGAUGCAUGUGUUUCUCUUGAUAGUAGCAAUUAAUUUGCUAUUGGAAGAAACUUAUAAGACUAAAAAUGCUUACCUUCGAAUAAAAGCACAGCUACAAAUUGUGCAUAAAAUUAUUGCUUAUUUAAUAAUUAAUGCCUUCCUCUCUCUAUGCUAAAUCCUGCAAGAGAAAAUUAAACUGGUAAAUGUUUGUAAUCAAAUGAUUCAGGUUUGUUUGGUGCUAGUUCUUGCUAUAUUAAUUAUUGCCUCUUAAAAGGAAGUACAUAAAAUUAAAAUGUAUGUGUAUUGAUAGAUUAUUAAUAGCCAAAUUAAUUAGGAAGAUACUAAGGAACUGGUAUUUGUGUAUCUUAAAAUGAUUAAAAUAUUCCUCAUUAAUCAUAAUUAAUCUAAUUUUGCUUUCGAGGAGUUUAUUGCAUUUCUAGUAAUAGCAACGGAGACUACUGUUAGAAAGUUGAAGGUAUUUACAAGUGCUCAGAUUCAUUAGGAAGAUGUAUUUUGUAAACAGAUACUACUCCAUGCAGUAGUUGUUCAUUUAAAGAAUGUUUAUUGAAUGGAAAUUGUAUUGCUUUAAAUAAUACUUAUUGCUAGGAUUAUAAUGGAAAGUGUUUUGAUGUGAAUAAACCAGGUUGUUAAGUAUGUCCUUUGAAUUAUUGCCUUUAAAUGCCAUAAUAAAUCUGCUUGUAUUAUGAUUAAUUGGAUACAUCAUCUUAUA